CUUUUCCUCACCGGCGGCAGCGACGACAUAGGCUGCCAGCCAGAUGUGGAGUGGGAGGACCGGAGUUCUGCUCCGGGGAUGGGGGUUCUGGCUGGCAGGGGUGCCCGGGAGGGGACCGCCAAGCUCCAAUACUGCGUCACAGGCACGAAGCAACUCCUCCCGGUGUUGGAACUGCGGCGGCCCAGGGGGCGCCGUGCGAGGGAACGCGUUCUUCUGCCCGCAGUGCCGCGCGCUGCAGCCCCCCGACCCCUCUCGGGACUACUUCAGCCUCAUGGAUUGGUACGGGCAGCAGCUUCGGGAAGUGGGCCGGGGCAAGACGUCAGGGACUGCCGUGCGAGAGAGCAAGGACAACCGGGCUUGGGAAGGAGAAGCAACCGUUCCUUCAGAGUUGACACCAUGAAGCUCCAGCAUAGGUACCAACAACUACAGCGUCUUGUCCAUCCAGAUUUUUUCAGCCAGAGAUCUCAGAUGGAAAAGGACUUCUCAGAAAAGCAUUCAACCCUGGUGAAUGAUGCCUAUAAGACUCUUCUGGCCCCCCUGAGCAGGGGACUAUACCUUCUAAAGCUCCGUGGAAUAGAGAUUCACGAAGGGACAGAUAAUGAAAUGGACAGGGAAUUCCUCAUGGAAAUAAUGGAAAUCAAUGAAAAACUCGCAGAAGCUCAAAGUGAAGCGGCCACAAAAGAGAUUGAAUCAGUUGUCAGAGCUAAACAGAAAGAAUAUACUGACAAUGUGAGCAGAGCUUUUGAACAAGAUGACUUUGAAAAAGCCAAGGAAAUUUUAACAAAGAUGAAGUACUUUUCAAAUGUAGAAGAAAAGAUCAAGUUAAAGAAGAUUCCACUUUAAUAGUGGCUAAUUUAAAAGAUCUAAAAAUAAAGUCUUGUAUAUUUCU